AUGGGAAUAUCUCCCGCAGGCAGCUGGUUUUUUAAUACUCCUAAAUAUAUCCCCAAUAUUUCAGCUGAUGCUCGAUGGGCACAGAAAGGUGUGACCGUUGCUGGAGGUCACGGGAAAGGUGAUGCCACAAAUCAACUCUAUUGGCCUCAUGGUCUCUUCGUUGAUGAUGAUCAAACUAUUGUCAUCGCUGACUACUGGAAUCAUCGUAUCAUCCAAUGGAAGAUGGGUGAUACGAAUGGAAAAGUGGUAGCUGGUGACAAUGGCGCAGGAAGACGAUUGGAUCAAUUGAAUGGUCCAACCGAUGUGCUGAUUGACAAAGAGACUAAUAGUCUCAUUAUCUGCGAUCGAGACAAUCGACGAGUCGUACGAUGGUCUCGUCGCAGUGGCACAACUCAAGGAGAAAUCCUCAUCGACAAUGUCGAUCCUUUUGGACUGGCCAUGGAUGAUCAGAGAUAUCUCUACAUCUCUGACUACGAGAAACAUGAAGUAGGACGAUACCAAAUAGGAGACAAUAAUGGAACUCUCGUGGCUGGUGGCAAUGGAGAAGGUGCUGGUCUCAAUCAACUCAACAAUCCGCACUACAUCUUUGUCGAUCAACAACAAACUGUCUACGUGUCAGACAACGAGAAUCAUCGUGUGAUGAAAUGGAAUAAAGGUGCAAAAGAAGGAAUUAUCGUCGCUGGAGGUCACGGCGAAGGGGAUGCACUGACACAAUUGUCGCAUCCUAAUGGACUGUUCGUCGAUACGUUGGGUACCAUCUAUGUGGCAGACUUGCUUAAUCAUCGAGUGAUGCGUUGGCCUAAAGGAGCGAAACAAGGCACUGUCAUUGUGGGUGGAAAUGGUUGGGGACAAGGAGCAAAUCAGUUCAAUGUUCCCAUUGGUUUGUCCUUCGAUCGACAAGGCGAUCUCUAUGUCGCUGAUAGGAACAAUAAUCGUGUUCAACGAUUUUCUAUUGAAUGA